AUGACAAGAGGGGCCGCUUUUGAGGAUGAGAAGAAGCGUAUCAUUCAUAGCUGUUUCGCAAAAAAGGAUGAAGAUGGUCUCUUGCUUGAAUCCUAUAUAACCCACGUCCGCAUUACCGAGGAUUCAGCGCACCCCUCCAGCCCUUUCCCACCGAACGGGUCACCGGAGAAUAAGAAACCCCGCAUCAUCAUCAUAUCCGUUCGAAAGUCAGGUAGAGUCCGCAUACACAAGGCUCGAGAGAACAAUGAGGGGACUUUCUCUAUCGGCAAAACUUGGAUGCUCGAUGAUUUAAGCGCAAUUCAAUCAUUCGCCUCUUUUGUGCCGAGAACAACUGUGGAGCAGCAACAAAAAGAAUGGGCAGGCAAUGUAGGAAUCACGGUCACUAUUGGAAAGCCAUACUAUUGGCAUGCCAGGACUUCCAAGGAAAAGGAGUUCUUCGUUGGGAGCUUGGUCAAGAUCUACCGGAAGUACACUAAUGGAAAAAUCCCUAACCUCGUUGGUUUUGAUGACAAGGAGCGACAAAUGCUGGCAAGGCAUGGACAAUCUGCGCAACCAGCACAGCCGGCGCAACCAGCGCAACCAGGCGGUUCCUCAAUCGCUCCACCGUCAAGGAAACCCCCUCCAAUUCCUUCAACAUCGGACAGCCCGGUGCCUGCUUCGCUACAGCCGUCCUACAGAGGUCGUGAUGCCAGUCGCGAUGCGCCUCGGGAAGUCAAAAGGAAGCCUUCCGAUGACCCCACACUUCGCACUCAAAAGAGCCAUGAGCAGAUACCUCGGCCGUCGACCAGUUCUCGGCCGUCUACAGGACAAGGCAGGCCGGCGCCGUCCCCCUUUGAUCUACAUAAAUCCCCUUCUCCGUCGCUCCUUUCUGGGUCAUCUCUGGACCAACAACCGCCGCCACGUGCAGCCGAGCGUAGCGCAGCAAAUACAAAACCCCCGAGCUCACCAUCCGAGCCGAGGGGAACGGAUAAUCUGACUGUUGCAACACAAGCCAGCAGCUAUGCUGGUAUUCCAGAGUCACUUCGCCCAUCUUCUGCCCCCAGACCACCACCUCUUGCUACCCAGCCAGUUCAGAAUAAGGCUCCAGAAUUCAUGCUCGGCAAUGAUGCACUUCGUCCUACAACUUCUGGUUCUUUCAACAACGACAGUAGGGACGCAUCCCAACGUCCCACACCCAGCUUUGGGCCAAAGUCGCCCCACCGUGGUGGCGGGGAGAGGAUAUUCACAUUUAAUCACCCCUCUCUUCCUCUAGAGAAAAGUGCAUCAGAUAGCUUGUUAGCUGGAACUUCCGCACUGCCCCGAGAACCGUCUUCAUCACCGGCAAUUGAGGGACUGGCUUCUGAGCCUGCUGCCAUUAUGGCUGCUAACAUGCCCUCUCCAGAGCCUAUUCAGCCUUCCAAUGAAAAGCCCAAGACUCCUAUCGAAAUUGUUCCUGCCACGGACUCGCCAUCUAAAUCUUCCCCGGAGCAGGAUGAAGAAGCCGGUGAAUUUGAGCCGCAUCGCCCGGGGCUCGGCCCUAUGGUCAAGAAAAAGGAAGGCAAGGAUAUUGCAGGCGCCUGGAAAAAGGCUGCAAAUGCUUAUGCCGGUUUCAAGCCCAGGGCUGGUGGGGCUGGUGAGCGACUGCUGGCAGCCGCGAAGAAGUCACAGGCCGAGCUCGCGGGCCCUGAUGGCAUCACCAGCGUUGUUCCGGCGCCUUCCCUUUCCCGGUCGCUGACUGACCCCCCGCCGAGUCCAAUGAUAACAAAUUCGGAACAAGAACUACAACUCCCCGCGCCCGCUGCAGAGCCGGAGACACCAACUGUCGAAAUUACAGAGCCAGCACCCGAGGAGAUCGCGGUUGCCCCUGUCCAAACUCCCGAGGUCUCACCGGAGAACCUCUCUAAUGUUGUUAUAAAAGUUGAAGAUCACUCAAGAUCGCCAUCCCCAGCAACUCAAGGACGUCGUCGCAGACGCCGUGAAGACCACACUAUCAAAUAUUGUCAAGCCCUUAAGAUCGAUCCCAGCAUCCUUGACGGACGUGGUAUUGCAUUUGACGAAAUUCUCACUGAUUUGGGCUGGAACGGACGGUUGGCCGAUGAACAGAAGAUUGAGGAUUUGGAAGCAGAUGUUCGCCGUGAGAUUGGCCGUGUCGAGGCCACCAGUUGGCUUGGCAAUCUUGAACAACAGGAAGGAAAAGUGGAACAACUUGCGAGCUUGAUCGAUAGAACGAUUGAGGAGUGUGAUGAGCUAGAUGGUCUUUUAACCCUUUACUCUCAUGAACUGAACACUCUUCACGAGGAUGUCGCCUAUAUUGAAGCUCAAGGUCAAGGUUUGCAGGUGCACACAGCAAAUCAGAAGCUCCUGCAAAACGAGCUGCAAACUCUUUUAAAGACACUUUCAAUCUCUUCAUCUGAUCUCGGACCGCUUAAAGAGGCCUCCUUGAGCAACCCUGAUGGAUUGAGGGAUACUGAAAGUGCUCUAGCUACUUUGUAUAAAGCCAUGCUCACGAUAGACUCUGACAUUGGGCAAAACAAGAAGCGUCAAGUCGAUGCAAGUGUCGGUGUCUAUGCUGAUACAGAAAUUGGCCAGAUGCGUGCGAUCAAGCAAAAGAAGGAAGAGUAUCGCUCCACUGCAACCAUGUUCCUCAACCGACUGCAGCAGUUCAUGGCCCUUGCCUUCAAAAUGGCAGAACAAAAACGCGUCGAUUGGACCAAUGCCGGAACCAAGGAUGCGAUGAAACUAGACUAUGCUGCGCGAGGACACUUCCGUCAAGAGGUCUGGCGGUAUCAUCCCCUGAUGGUAUUUGCUAAGGAGAUUAGUAUGGCAGAGUGGCGUAGCCUUGUCAGCCUCUAUGAGCAGCAGUCCAAGCCUUCGUACCAGGGCGACUUCCGCGAGAAUAAUCUGGCUUGGAAGAAUACUGCGCACAAACCAACGGGAGAUGAGCAGGAACUCCUCUUCACACACCAAGAGAAGGAGAAAGAGACCGAAGGUCUUACCAUGGCUGCACGGAAACUGACUGUGCGACGAGGCAAGACGGUGCGGGCCGCCGCUGGGCUUCGACUGGCUUCGGGCGGUGGGAAGAAGCAAGGAAAGGCUGAGCCAUAUGAAGCAUUUGUUGGGACCAUGCGGGAGACACUGAACAUGAUGGCUCAGGAGCAGAACUUCAUCAUCCAGUUCUUCCAUCUCAAUUCUCUUGCCAGCGCCGAUUUCCCCGACCUGGUGUCAGCGACCAUUCCCGAAAAUCGCUCUUGUCCCGAUUUCUCUGCCAACCAGCCGCAUGAUCCUGAUCGGGGAAUUGCAAAGAGAGUCGAGCAGAUCAUGGAUGAAGUGUACUCAUUCUGGCCGAAUGACAUGCAGAGCAUGGUGGACUGGGCGAUGCAGGCUGAUCCUCUGCAAGGAAUUGGUAUUCUCUAUGCCUUGGAGACCGCCAUGAAUGACUUUGAUGACACGAAUCAAGAGUUUAUUCUUCAUGCACUGCAGAAAAUUCAUUCCCGCGUGAUGGGACUGUUCAACCGAUUUGUAGAUGAGCAAAUCCGAGGCAUUGAAGACACCAAGGUGAAGGUAAACAAGCGGAAGGGAGUCAUUUCCUUUAUGCGGGUGUUCCCGAACUUCGCCAAUGCGGUGGAAAGCAUGCUAUCAUCCUCGUCCGGGUCCUUCUGUGACAUUCGCGUUAGUGUCAAUGGCGCGUACGACCGCAUCAACCGUGCGAUGUGGGAAUCACUCAAGUUCAUUGCCAAGGAAGCACCCGGUCAACCUCCAGGUGUCACUGCGGGUGCGGGAGAUCCGGAAGACAAGGAGAUCCUAAAUUACCACAUUCUCCUCAUCGAGAACAUGAACCACUACAUCGAGGAAGUCGAUGUACACAACAUCCCCGCAGUUAAACGCUGGACUGAUCGGGCCCACCAAGACUUCCAGGAGCACAUGAAGCUCUACCUCGACGCCGUUAUUCACCGCCCACUCGGCAAACUCAUUGAUUUCGUCCAAUCAAUUGAAAACCUCCUUGCUGCGGGCGGUAACCCGACCGAUAUUGUAGCCCGCGCCAGCCACUCCCGCAUAGUGGCUAAAAAGGUAAUCGCUUCCUAUGACAAUCGGGAAAUCCGCCGUGGCAUCGAAAUGCUCAAGAAGCGUGUUGAGAAGCACUUUGGUGAUGCCGAUGACCCUGGUCUCAGUCGCAGUCUUGUUCUCAAGGUGCUCCGGGAGUGCGAGAAUCGGUAUGAGAAUACCUAUGACCGCUCCCGGAAGAUCAUUGAAGAUGUCUAUGAGGGUCAAUUGGAUCUGGACUGGCGCAAGGAAGAGACCCUUAGCAUGUUCCGGAAAUGA